ACGGAACAUGCAGUGCCACAAAGCGUCUCCGUGUCAGAACGAAGUUGGCGGGGCACGUGUGCCCUGGGCUGCCUCAAGCCCCAGUGGCAGCAGCAGCAGCACGCGGGCGCUACCCACAAGGCAGUUCGCGCAAGUUUCCCUCGCAGCCAGCAGCACCACCAUCAUCACCACCACCAUCAUCAUCACCACCACCACCACACACCACAACCAAACACCAUCAACACCACCACUCAUGCGCUCCACCAUCGCCUCCCGCCGCCUCCCCGCGACCAAUGUGCCGCUGCCAUGAGCGGCGGAGGGGGAGGAGGUGGCGCCGCCGCCGCGAAGCCACCGCCGCCGACACCGCAGCAGCAGCAGCAACAACAACAGCAGCAGCCGCAGCAGCCACAGCAGCUGCUGCUGCCGGCCAAGCCUUGCCGCUACUACGCCAAGGACAGGACGUGCUUCUACGGCGACGACUGCCAAUUCGUGCAUGACGAUCCGGACGCAGUCAAGCCCGCCGAGGCAGCAGUAGCAGGAAGCAGCAGCAGCAGCAGGGCCGUUGUCGCUGCUACCGCCGCCGCCACCGCCGCCGCGCCCAUGGAAGGCGGCGGCCACUUCUUGCAGAUCCCAUUACUGGAAGGUGGAGGAGUACCAGAUGGGAAUCUUCCCAAUUCCUUCUUCAGCAGCAGUUUUAUUGGCGUGAAUGGUUUUGGCGGAGGAGGGACCGGAGACGCCAAAUUCCCCGUCAUGGCGCGAAUGACAAACAGCAGUAGUUCUCCCAGCCUCACUGGAGACAGUGCCAAACUCUACUCGCCUUCAGGGCAAGAUUCCAUAAACUCUCCAAAUUCAUCCCUUUUUAGUGACUUCUCAAAUCUCAACCUAUCUGCGCAGCGGAGAAAGACGCCAAACCCAACAGCCUCUGAGUUUAUCCCUAAGGCUGGAUUGGGCGCAAGUCCAAGAAUGAGCAGCGGAGUGGCCCAAUCGCCCAUUGCAGGACCAUUCUCUCCUGCAAUCACCCUGACCCAUGCCAUGACAAGCCCUUCAUCCCUUGCUCCGGAGCGGAGACUAAGGGACUUGAGCACAUCCCACUGUUCAGCCGAUCCGGCAAAAGCUGGAUCCUCCCCGCUGCAUUCGCCCAAGGUCACCCCGCACACCUCUCCGGCGGCACGGCGCCGCAGUCACACGCCCAAUCAAGUCGGCUUCUCCAUCGGUGGCGGAGGAGGAGGCGGUCCCCAUCACCACCACGGCCACGCCAACCCGCACGCGUUGACCCACGCGCACCAGCACCACGUGCACCAGCACGCUGCCCUCCCGCAGGGCCACGCGGCCCACGCUGGCCACGCGGCCCACGCGGCCCACCCUGGCCACGCGGCCCACGCUGGCCACACGGGUCACGCGGCUGCUCAGGCGGCUGCUCACGCGGCUCAUGUUCAGGGCCACGGCAGCCACGCUCCGCAUGGUCACGCUGGCGCGGCCGCCCCCGUCCCGUCCACCCAGAGCUCGGCCGUGGCCGACCCCCUGGCUCAGGCAGCGCGCGUGCAGAACGAGACUGUUGGGGGCACCACCUACUUCUUCACCGAGCCGGGACUCAGUCAGCACUCUGGCAUGGUUUUCCCUUCCUAUCAUGUGUAUCCUUCUCCCUCGGCGCAAGUGGCAUACAUGCAGCCCAAGGCGAAUGCCCCUUCUUUCUUCAUGAUGGACGAGCUGCGGCAGGAUCUAAUCAACAGACAUCUCUUAACCAUGGCUCAGAUAGACCAAGCUGAAAACCCGGACAUCCCAGCAGAGGUGGACAACUACCACAGUCUGUUUCCACUGGAGCCACCACAGACGAACCCAAUGCAGAAGUCUGGCACCUUUGGCUACACCACCACCUGCUACAAGGCAGUCAGCAGCAAAGAUGGCAUGGCUUACUGCCUGCGUCGAAUUCACGGCUACCGUCUGACAAACACCAAGUGCAUGAUUCUCAUCGACAUGUGGAAAAAGCAACAGCACUCUAACAUCGUGGCCUUGCGAGAGGUUUUCACCACCAAGGCAUUCGGCGAACAUUCCCUUGUGUUUGCGCACGACUUUCACGCCGGAGCUGAAACUCUCAUGAGCAAGCACUUCAGUGACCCCAACGCAGACGCCUUCUUCAACAAGAGAAAGUGGGGUCAGGUGAACGGACCCCUCCCUCGGCAGCAUGCCGGCUUACUGCCCGAGUCUCUCAUCUGGGCAUACGUGGUGCAGCUGAGCUCGGCCCUGCGCACCGUGCAUUCGGCUGGCCUGGCCUGCCGCGUCAUGCACCCCAGCAAGAUCCUAGUUGGAGGGAAAACACGGUUACGUGUGAACUGCGUGGGGAUUUUCGACGUGCUCACUUUCGACGGCACCCAAGCUUCUCCGCUGGCACUAAUCCCACAGUACCAGCAAGAGGAUCUGACGACACUCGGCAAGAUUGUGCUGUCCCUCUCGUGCAACUCGAUGGUCGGGGUGCAGCGAGAUAACAUUUCCAAGGCGAUGGAGCUUGUCACCCACAACUACUCCACAGACCUCAAGAACCUCAUCAUUUACCUGCUGUCCAAUCAGACGCGCCUCCGCAGCGUGAAUGACAUCAUGCCGAUGAUCGGAGCGCGGUUUUACACGCAAUUGGACGCAGCGCAGAUGAGGAGCGACAUCAUCGAGGAAGAGCUUGCCAAGGAAGUGCAGAACGGACGGCUCUUCAGGCUGCUGUGUAAGCUUGGAACCAUCAACGAGCGGCCUGAGUUCCAGAAGGACACCACCUGGUCAGAGACGGGCGAUCGCUACCUCCUGAAGCUCUUCCGUGACCACUUAUUCCACCAGGUGUCCGAGAUGGGGGCUCCCUGGGUGGACAUUGCUCACAUAGUGCAGUGUGUCAACAAGCUUGACGCAGGGACUCCAGAGAAGCUGAGCCUGGUCUCCCGCGACGAGAAGAGUGUUUUGGUCGUCACCUACGCCGACUUGAAGCGCUGCUUUGAUAACGCCUUCUCGGAACUGCUGGCUGCCUCUAAUGGUCAGUUAUAGCAGCAGCCCUGAGUCGGUUCUGGACCGCAAAGUGCGGACAAGUCAACCGGGAAGAACCCAGACCCCCACAAGGCUUUUCACAGCAGAACACUGUAUGGCGAUUGACGUUGCACUACAGCUUUUAUUGGCGCUCGUGGUCUCUUUCUCCUCGCGUGAUGAAGCCGACCGAAGCAAACCCGAAAUAGAGGAACGUAACUUUUUUUUUUACGUGAACUUUUCCACUUUUUUCCUACGACGGCACCUCUGCCACUGGCUUCACCCUCUCUUGAUGGACAUUUUAAAUUUUAGGUCGGAUAUUUUGCAGCUUGCAGCUGCUUCGCAACAAACGAGUAUUAGCUUUCAAUUGUGAGACAUCAUCAAGGACACGUGCAUCAUGGCACUACGUUGAAUGUAGCCUGAGAACAUGCUUUUAUAGCAAGUGUCCAAUUUCCUUGGGCUAGAAAACAAGACGACGUCUCUCAAAGUUUGAGUAGCGGCACUGAUAUUAAUGAAGAUUUCCAAUAUCCAGACGUUUUCAAAGUUGCGGUCAAAAAUGAUGGUCCUUCGUUUAUUUUGUGGACUUGUAGGGGGAAUGUUUAGAGGCACAUGUUUUUGUUCAUUGUUUGAGUUACGGGUGGGUGGUUGCGGGGUGGGGGUAGAAUUUACAUGCAGAGCAACUGUUGUAAGUUUCAUGUUUUUAUUGUCUUAAAAACAAACUUUGUAUGAAGUCUUUGAUAGCGUACACAGAAAGAAGUAUUUUUCAUCUUUGUUAAAUUGUUUGAGAAUUGGUAAAGCCGGCAUCACUGUCCAACAUACUAUGGCAGCUUUUAAUGCAAAAUCAUUUUUGCGCGGUUGCUUUUGUCGAGUCCAUGGAAACGUUUAUAGUUUAGGCAAUUUGCCAUUAAGAUUUUGACCAUUACUUUUAAAUGUUUGGACAUGACCAAUGGAUUUCUGAUUUUCAUACCAGAAUGGGCAUUUGGUGACCACUUGCAUCAUGCCGUGAAAAAAAGUUGUUUCAGCGCUGUAGCCAUUUUUGUUCAAGCAUGCGGUGCCUUCUUAGCAUCAACGAUAAAUGGAAAUGAAAUCUGAUAUUUAUCAAUAUUUACAAAUCGCCAGUUUAAAACAAAAUAGUUGGGCUCAAGGCUGUGAUCAUGUACACAGCCUUAAAAGUAUUUUUUUGUAAUUUACCACAAUUUCAGGUAAAUGUGUUUUCGGAGGCGGUGAGGUUAUUCCAUUCGUUGUAGCGAUGUGAAGGCUGAAACUUGCUUUGUGCCCUUGGUGAAUACAGGAACACUGCUGUCAAUAGUCACGCGAGUUUUUUUUUUUUUUUCGAAAAUGACUGUGUGAGCCUUAGCAACCAAAGCUCACCCAACAACAUUUUCAUCAGGUAAAACAAAGUUGCAAAGAGUAAAUACAUUUAGUUUUCCCUUUGACUUUUCUGCCAACCCCGUUGCAUGUUUUCUGCAAGGAUAAUGUUGAUUUUACUGCAAUGACUGGAGAUUAAAUGAUCCGCUCGGCUUAGAACUGUGCAAACGGGUUUACUUUAUUGAACGACCUUCGAAGGUGAAACUUCGUAUGAUGCACGCGGUGCAAUUUGAACGCCGCCAGUUUAAAUGUGAACUGCAACACCUUGGAGAAUGCCCUACAGUCUGCAGUAUUGUUCACAUUUCCCAGAUUAUGCCAUUCACACAUUCACAUAACGAGUGAAAUGAAGCUGCCAUAACGUUGAUAUGAUUAGUGCGUGGAAGUGCGCGAAUGCUACUUUUUAGAUUUAUUCCCUGGCUCCAUUUAAACCAUUAACGAGUGGAGAGGAAACGGUGUUGUUUAUUUGUUAAGAUGGGCAAUAAUACAGAAGCCUUAAAGCGGUGAUACUGAAAAGCCCUUAAUUUCUUAAAGCUUCUGCUUUGCCUAUUAUAAAAGCAAAAAAAGAUUAAUUACCAUGAAAAAAAUAUUGAAAGAAAAGGCCCAUUUUUGUACUCUGAAGGCAUACAUUAAGAGGAGAGAAUGGUAAUCGCGAUAAAAAAAAGCAUUUGGUGCGAGUUUUAGGCCAGGUGUGUGAUGACCACUGGAUUGCACCGUAUGUUUGUGUUGCAAGUUUUUUUGUUUAAGGUGCCAGAGGGUUUGCGAUAGAUUGAAAGUCAUAAGAAUAUUACAUUUGGGGAUAUAAAAUAAAAAUGUUAAGCACUAACAGAAGCAAGAUGUAAGAGUACAUAAAACAUAUAUUAACGUCUCUGAAAAAAAGUGUCUUCUUGCGGCCUUAAUGAUAUGCAUUUUUAUUGUACAUUUCCAAUGUAGUAGUCUGUUGUGAAACCUUUUGUGCGACGAAAACAUGAUGCCGUGUGCAGCCAACAUUGAAAAUGUGCACCAUCUUGUCAGAAGGAAGGAGUGCGAGCCGGUCUUUUCCGAGGGAGUACUGAAAUGUAUAUUUUUUGUUGCAUUCAAAAAAUGUGGGGGAUAAUUGGAGGAGCUGUCCAACGUGUUUGCGAAACUUUUCGCACCGCCACCUGGCCUGCAAUGUUUUGUUUGCCCCCCUCCACCCCGAGAGGGAAACAUUUAGGAUUUUUGCAGCCUCUUCAAAUUUGUUUUGUAAGUUUUCAUCUUCGAGAAGGGAUAAUUGUAAGUAUUUUAUAGAUAAGGCUUAAAAAAAAUAGAAAAAAAACAUUUUGGUAUUCUGUGGUAAUUGGUUUUAUUUCAUGUUAUUUUUUUAAAAUUGUAAACCAUUUUGACUUGUCAAUGGGAUUUUUAAGGGUUUAAAGGUUGGUCUAAGGCAGUGUUGGUUUGGCAGACAAAAAAUUGGACAUUUGUCAAAUUUCUAUUCUUUGCUCAAGACACUUGUCAUUGUCAGCAUCCUGUUUGAGCUUGGGAUGAUUUGCCAUCUUUGGGAACUAUGCACAAAACAUAGCUUUGGAACUUGUUUCACUACUUAACAGAUAACAGUGUAUUUUUUUAGUGUUGCCGUUUUUCUAAACCCCUCUGAGCCCCGAGAUGGCACAUUGUCCAAUUGCAAUUGCUGGUAUAGUCCGAUUAACAUGAUGUUACAAUUGAGUCAGGAAAUAAUAAAACAGAAAAUCUACAAAUUACCCUUUUUCUUUUAAUCGAUGUUGACAGAAUGGACAUCUCGCAUACCUGUUGCAGUACUUCCCAGGGUCUGGUUUUGCCAAGUGCAAGCACUGGUACUCUGUAGGCUAAUGUUAAGUUUGGAUGUUGAAUUUAUCCCGGUUAGAGUUAAUGGGGAUGUUGCAUGCAUUGUGUUUGCAGUGGCUUGCCACGAACAAAUGUUGCUGCUUUCAAAUUUGCCUCUAUCCAGGGACAUUGGAAAUCCACGAAAGCGCUGCGUUCAUGAUGGGGUUUUCAUAUUUUUAAGCAGGCUUGUAAAUUAAGAAAUUGGAAAUGGCACAAACUGAACAUCGACUAAGGAUCCAUUCAUUGGUUUGUUAGGUAGUUACAGCACCAAUGGUAACUGCAAGUGUUUUAUCCGUGGAUUUCUAAUGUCGUGUCCAGUCUUGUUUGGUCACCAAAGUCAGGUCUGGAGAUAAUGAUAUGCAUUGCAAUAUUUAAAUUUGCCAUGUGGGAUGGCGUGAUCAAUGAACCUCUCAAAAUUUAUAACAUUUUAACAUUUAAAAUCCACCUACAUGCAAACACAGUGUGCAUGUGUUGUCAAAAGACUUGGGAAAAACUGGUCAAACCAGUCACAGAUUCCACCAAUAUUACAGAAAUCGCAGCAAACAUGACCAUUGUGUUUUGUAUUGUUGGAGAUUAUACAAUGCGGGCCUCUGUAUUUAAUGUUAUUUAAGGCCUGCUUUGAUGUUCAUGUUUUCUUCGGGGAUAAUCAACAAUGCAUUGCAUUUUCUCGAUUCCUGCACCAGUCACUGCCUUGCCACUUGCAACCCUGAUGUACAGUUUUGAGAUGAAAACACUGUAUUGCGCAUCAGCAAUAUUUUAAUAAAGAAUACCUUGUGUGAAAA